AUGGCGCGCAGCCCGAUUGCGAUUGUCCCCGACGUCGACAAGACAACAGCAGAAGCGCAAACAUCGACGUCAACAAGACGCGCCGCCCAGCUCACUGGCCAUCUCGCGCCCGCGAAAGAGACGGAGGAAGUGAACACAGGCCCGGCCCUUCCACCCCAGUACCCCGUCUCGCGACUCCGCUUCGAUGCCCACCACCACAUCGACGAUGUGCGUCCGCUCAGAGUUGCUGUGGUGGGCGCGGGGCUAUCAGGCAUCACAGCGGGCAUUCUGCUUCCAGCCAAGGUUCCAAGUAUCACGCUCACGAUAUUCGAGAAGAACGGCGACGUGAGCGGGACCUGGCUGGAAAACAACUAUCCCGGCGUGCGCUGCGACAUCCCGGCACACGUCUACCAGUCCACGUUCUCGCCAAAUACGCAGUGGUCCGAGAUCUUCGCUGAAGGCUCUGAGAUACGCGACUAUUGGAAGUCGUGCGCGGAGAAACACGACGUCUACAAGUACGUGAAGCUGCGGCAUCGCGUGGAUUCAGCUUCUUGGGACGACGAGCAAUCACAGUGGCACCUCUCGGUUCACAAUCUCAACACCAAGGCAUCCUCUACCGAGCGCUUCGACUUCGUCAUCUUUGCCAUUGGUCGAUUCAACGCCUGGAAGUUACCCGACUAUCCUGGAAUCGAUGACUUCAAGGGACAUCUGCGACAUACAUCCAACUGGGACCCCUUGUACGACCCCUCGGGCAAGAAGGUAGCCGUAAUUGGCAAUGGAGCGAGUGGGAUUCAGGUUGUACCAAAUCUGCAGCUCAUAUCGAAGCAUGUCACGCACUUUGUGCGCAACCCGACCUGGAUAGCCACGUCUUGGGCUGGCGAUGAGCGGACCUUUGAACCACAACCGUACCUCGAAGAAGAGCGACAAUCCUUUCAAGACCCAGCAACUUACCUUCAUUUUAGAAAAGAGUUAGAAGAAAAAUACUGGCGACGUUUCCGCGCCAUGGUGCGCGGCUCGGAGGAGAAUGAAGGCAUGCGAGAGCUGUUCAUCGAAGUUAUGAGAAAGCGCGCAUCUAAGAAACCUGAAUUGUUAGAAGGACUCAUACCUGACUUUGCACCGCACUGCAGACGGCUGACACCGGGUCCUGGCUAUCUGGAAUCGCUCACCGAAGAUAACGUUGAGCUUGUUAAAGCGCCCAUCAAACGCUUUACCGCUAGAGGAAUCGAGACUACGGAUAGCAAGCAGUACCAUUUCGAUGCCAUCUUUUGUGCCACGGGCGCCAACACCGAUCUUGUCCCACCUUUCUCAGUCAAGGCACGAGGCGUGGAUUUGAAAGAGGCUUGGAAACCCGAUGGGACGUAUGGUUUCCCGUACACGUAUAUGGGGGUUGCAACUCCUGGCUUCCCAAAUCUUUUCUUCCUCGCCGGCCCUCAUGCAACCGGUCCUUCAGGCACAGUACCUUACGCCGUGGAAACAGCACUUACAUACUAUGCGAAGGUUAUGCGCAAAGUUUCAUCGCAGGGCAUCAAAUCGAUCGCGCCAUCAAAGGCAGCAGCCGACGACUUCGUUGACUACUGCGAUGCAUUCUUCCCUUCCACCGUGCUGACCGACAACUGCUCGUCCUGGAACAACGGAGGUGUUCCCGGCUCUCGUAUCCAUGGCCUGUGGCCUGGGUCGGCAGCUCAUCAGACGUUUAUACGCCGCGAUCCACGGUGGGAAGAUUGGGAGUACGAGCGCUUCAAUCCCGUAAAUCGAUUUGCUUACUUUGGAAAUGGGUACACGCGCGGUGAGGUGGACGAAGGCACGGACCUGACGCCGUAUUUAAGGGCUCCUGGACAAGAAUUGGAUUUGAGAGAUUUGCAUGAGAGCUGGUGGGACCUACCAGGCGCAAGCAAGAAGUCAUAAUGAGGGGCAAGUGAAUACGGCACUGUCGUUCAGUUCAGUGAAGCGUAUAUCUUGUGUCGCAACAUAUCUACAAAUUCCACAAACUCUACACAUCUAUUCGAGAGUCAAAC